AUGCCUUUGAAAAUUGUUUAUCGAUUCGUACGUUCAGCUCGCAAAAGUUGUAAUAAUUGUCAUAUAAUCAUAUUUCUACAUAGUAAAAUAAUUGCAGAAGAAGAUUUUCGUCAACUCGCUCUUUUCUAUUCGAUUAUCUUUAUUCCAUAUGACACAUGGAUAUCUUCACAUUUAAAUAUUCGUUUGUCGUCCAUUCCAACUGUUUCAUUACGAUGGAUUAUUAUAAGUCAAUAUUUAAAACGUUUAGAUGAUAUAAAGUCUCCAUACAAAUAUGUUUUUAUAUGUGAUUCACGUGAUGUUAUAUUUCAGCGAAAUAUUUUUGAUUAUGUUAACGAAUAUGAAGAUGGUCUCUUUGUAUUUCAAGAAACUACAAAAAUGAAUAUAAGAAAAUGUAGUUAUAAUUCGAAAUGGAUUAAAGAUUGUUAUGGUGAAACAGAACUUAAUCUUAUUGGAGAUCAGAAAAUCAUUUGUGCUGGAACAAUUCUUGGUUCAUGGAAAGCAAUGAGGAAUUAUUUAUCAAUUGUAGAACAAGUGACAAGUCAAAGAUAUCAACAAUGUAAUGAUCAAGGUAUUCAUAAUCAUAUUGUUUAUAGAGAUAAAAUCAAUAAUACGAAAAUUCAUAUUAUUUCACACGAACGUGGUUUUGUUGGAACAUUAGGAUAUUCAGCAACAUUUAAAAGAAAUCAAUUUGGACUUAUUCUUAAUGAAAAUGAACAAGUUUAUGCUGUUAUUCAUCAGUUUGAUCGAAAUAAACAAAUAACUGGUCAAUUGGAAAUUCAAUAUCAACUAUGGACUGAUUAUCAACAAGAUUAA